AUGGCUGAUGGAACCACUAAUAUGUAACACAGGAUCCUGGUCUUUGGUACUCAGUGCAUCAUUUCCACUGUCUGUCUCUAUCUCCUCCAGGUCCUAUGGCAGUGUGUUUAAAGCCAUCCAUAAGGAGUCGGGCCAGGUGGUGGCUAUCAAACAGGUGCCUGUUGAGUCAGACCUCCAGGAGAUCAUCAAGGAGAUAUCCAUCAUGCAGCAGUGUGACAGGUACUCUGUAUGUAUGAGAGACUUUCAUCAGGCAGAGCUAGCAGGUCUCCAGAGGCUGUGAGACUCUCUGGGCCAGACUUUCAUCAGGCAGAGCUAGCAGGUCUCCAGAGGCUGUGAGACUCUCUGGGCCAGACUUUCAUCAGGCAGAGCUAGAAUGGCUCCAGAGGCUGUGAGACUCUCUGGGCCAGACUUUCAUCAGGCAGAGCUAGCAUGUCUCCAGAGGCUGUGGGACUCUCUGGGCCAGACUUUCAUCAGGCAGAGCUAGCAUGUCUCCAGAGGCUGUGAGACUCUCUGGGCCAGACUUUCAUCAGGCAGAGCUAGCAUGUCUCCAGAGGCUGUGGACUCUCUGGGGCCAGACUUUCAUCAGGCAGAGCUAGCAGGUCUCCAAGGCUGGAGCAGAAAUAUCUCCCCUCUGUCAUCACCAGGCUAGAUCUCAAGAUGUAGACCUCUGGGCAGACUUUCAUCAGAGAUAGCAUGUCUCCAGAGCUGUGGCCCUGGGUCCAGAUCUUAUCAGGCAGAGCUAUGCAGGUACUUCCAGAGGCUGAGACCUGUGGGAGAUUCUGGAAGCCAGACUGUGGACUCUUCAGACUUCUCAGGCAGAGCUACAGGUCUCCAGUGCUGUGAGACCUUUGUGCUUCAAUAGAUCUAGCAGGUCAUGCUGUGAAGGAUUCAUAGCCUCUGUAAUCAUAUGACUAUCUUCUAUAUACUCAUCCAGUAACCACACUCUGUUGCACCCUAAGUUCAACCAAAGGUUGGUUCACUGCUUUCCAUGAGGAUCCACUAUGGAAUACAUGGCAGGCACUUCUCUAACAAACGGCCAUGCCAAGCUGUGGAUUUGGAGUACGGGAACUCGGAUGUCUGUUCGCAUUCUGUCUACGCCUCAGACGUCUGUCUUUGUCUGCCGUGCUGUGAUGAGAUUCCUGUCUGUGCUUGCUGCCUAUCCUUCACCUCUCUCUCUCUUUUAUGAAGUGAUUCUGACUGAUUAUAGAUGCAUCUGUGUCAGUUUUAUCAGAGUUUUUAUCUUCACAGGAUGGAUGAAAUUAAGUCCAUUGAAGUCGAGUUUAUUAUAGAUGAUACAGAGACAUCAAGCACAUUCUCCUCAACACACGAUGGCAAGCGGCUACUUGGUGAUCGGGACAACUCACGUUCUGGAUGGCUCCGGUGUCUCCUGUAUGUUGGUUAACUGUGUGCCGUCUCUGUCCCUGGCUCACCUCUCUCUGCUGAGGAAUUCUACGUCUUAUGAUGUCAUCUGGUGUCAGUUUUAUCAGGAGUUUUUAUCUUGACUUUAUUGUUGUGAUUGAAGCAGUGAUUCAGUUUAUAUAUAGAUGAUAUAAUAUUCAUAUUAUUCUGUCUAGGACACGAUGGCAAAGCGGAACACGGUGAUCGGGACUCCGUUCUGGAUGGCUCCAGAGGUCAUCCAGGAGAUAGGAUAUAACUGUGUGGCAGACAUCUGGUCCCUGGGCAUCACCUCUAUAGAGAUGGCUGAGGGCAAACCUCCCUACGCUGAUAUACAUCCCAUGAGGGUGAGUCCGAGUCUGGGCAGGACGGACCAGAUGUAGGGUGGUCAGGCUUCAUGUUGAUGUUCAUAAUUACCUAGUCAGUUGGACAACUGACUGCAUUCAACCUAAAUGUGUCUUCUGUAUUCAACCCAACCCCUCUGAAUCAGAGAGGUGGGGGGGGGGGGGUUUCCAGAGGUCUUCAUACCAUUCAUUAGGGUUUCCAGAGGUCUUCCAUGCUACCUUCUUCAUCAGGCGUUCUCUCUCUCUCUAUCAGGCUAUUUUCAUGAUCCCAACCAACCCACCUCCUACGUUCAGGAAGCCUGAGCUGUGGACAGACGACUUCACACACUUUGUAAAGAAAUGUCUGGUGAAGAACCCAGAACAGAGAGCUACGGCCACACUGCUACUACAGGUGAGGAGAGCUACAGCCAGAGAGCUACAGCCACACUGCUACUACAGGUGAGAGAGCUACAGCCACACUGCUACUACAGGUGAGGAGAGCUACAGCCAGAGAGCUACAGCCACACUGCUACUACAGGUGAGGAGAGCUACAGACAGAGAGCUACAGCCACACUGCUACUACAGGUGAGGAGAGCUACAGCCACACUGCUACUACAGGUGAGAGAGCUACAGCCACACUGCUACUACAGGUGAGAGAGCUACAGCCACACUCCACACUGCUACUACAGGUGAGGAGAGCUACAGCCACACUGCUACUACAGGUGAGGAGAGCUACAGCCACACUGCUACUACAGGUGAGGAGAGCUACAGCCAGAGAGCUACAGCCACACUGCUACUACAGGUGAGGAGAGCUACAGACAGAGAGCUACAGCCACACUGCUACUACAGGUGAGAGACAGACAGACAGAGAGCUACAGCCACACUGCUACUACAGGUGAGGAGAGCUACAGCCAGAGAGCUACAGCCACACUGCUACUACAGGUGAGGAGAGCUACAGACAGAGAGCUACAGCCACACUGCUACUACAGGUGAGGAGAGCUACAGCCACACUGCUACUACAGGUGGGAGACAGACAGGCAGACAGACAGACAGACAGACAGACAACUACAGGUCAGACAGGCAGACAGACAGACAGACAGACAACUACAGGUCAGACAGGCAGACAGACAACUACAGGUGGGACAGACAGGCAGACAGGCAGGCAGGCAGACAGACAGACCCACUCCUGUAUAUUCGUAUAAAAACACAGUCUGUCAUCUUGUCCCGCUCAUCUUCUCGUAGCACCUUGCCAUUUGACUGUCUGUGAUGUCCCUUCGUCUACCAACAUAUAAAACCACUGUCAGGCAUGUGGAGCUUCAUCAACUGACUGACUUCCUCCUCUCCAUCUCUCCUGUAGCAUCCGUUCAUCACGGCAGCCAAGCCAGUCACCAUCCUGAGAGACCUGAUCACUGAGUCCAUGGAGAUGAAGGCUAAGAGACAGCAGGAGCAGCAGAGAGAGCUGGAGGAGGAGGACUCUGUACGUAUAGUCUAGUCUGGGAUCUAUGGACACAGGACACGACUCUGUACGUAUAGUCUAGUCUGGGAUAGAGAGAGCUGGAGGAGGAGGACUCUGUACGUAUAGUCUAGUCUGGGAUAGAGAGAGCUGGAGGAGGAGGACUCUGUACGUAUAGUCUAGUCUGGGAUCUAUGGACACAGUACACAGCCAUUAAAGCAGCUGGGUGCAGACAUAUACACCAAGCUGCCUUAAUGGCUCGUCUUCUAGGUGCAUUAUGGUCCUGAUGAUAGUCACUACUACAAGUAGGGAUUGGUUGAUGCUCACAUCUAAGCCAAUACGUCACCAAUGAAACUUCUCUUAUUAAUAGUUAGCUAACGUCAGUCCGCUGAACAGGCAAAGAAAGGUAUCUUCAUUUGGUCAUGGAAGGUUUACACUAACGACUGCAGCCAUUAGCUAGAGCCAGACGACAACUACUAUCACAUAGAAGCUACAGGUAACUGCCAAAAUAAAGGAAACCCCAACAUAAAGUGUCUUAAUAGGACGUUGGGCCACGACGAACCGCUUCAGUGCUCCUUGGCAUAGAUUCUACAAGUGUAUCGAACUCUAUUGGAGGGAUGCAACACCAUUCUUCCACAAGAAAGUCCAUCAUUUGGUGUUUUGUUGAUGGUGGUGGAAAACGCUCUCUGUCGCCACUCCAGAAUCUCCCAUAAGUGUUCAAUUGGGUUGAGAUCUGGUGACUGAGACACACACGCCCUUUAACCCCCUACAGUCGAUGUCUGAGCCCCUGCAGAAAUCGAAUUAGCAUAAUAAAAACAUCUGCAUCAACAUCCGUCUGUUUUAAACCAGAGAUCCGUGGGCUCUUUCUCAAUCCACCACAUCCGCCAAUGGCGGCCUUCCGCAUCUACGGUGGAAGGUGGCCGAGCUACAGCGGUGGAAGGUGGCCGAGCUACAGCGGUGGAAGGUGGCCGAGCUACAGCGGUGGAAGGUGGCCGAGCUACAGCGGUGGAAGGUGGCCGAGCUACAGCGGUGGAAGGUGGCCGAGCUACAGCGGUGGAAGGUGGCCGAGCUACAGCGGUGGAAGGUGGCCGAGCUACAGCGGUGGAAGGUGGCCGAGCUACAGCGGUGGAAGGUGGCCGAGCUACAGCGGUGGAAGGUGGCCGAGCUACAGCGUUGUUUGUCAGACUGAGACAACCCGAAGAUCGGUCUAUGACCACCACAAGGUCACGGGACUCGUCUGAAGUCGGUACCGCCAAUCUGCCUAGACUCGUCUUGAAGGUUCCCCGGUACCAGUUGAAAAUAUGAAUGGAAGUACAGUGUCUUCAGAAAGUAUUCAUACCCCUUGACUUAUUCCACAUUUUGUUGUUUCAGCCUGAAUUCAAAAUGGAUUCAAUUGAUGUUUUUCUCACCAAUCUACACCCACUACCCAUAAUGACAAAGUGGAAACAUGUUUUUAGUAAUGUUAGCAAAUUGAUUGAAAAUGAAAUACAGAAAUAUCUCAUUUACGUAAGUAUUCAGACUCUUUGCUAUGAGACUCGAAAUUGAGCUUAGGUGCAUCCUGUUUCCAUUGAUCAUCCUUGAGAUGUUUCUACAACUUGAUUGGAGUCCAUCUGUGGUAAAUUCAAUUGAUUGGACAUGAUUUGGAAAGGCACACACCUGUCUAGAUAAGGUCCCACAGUUGACAUUGCAUGUCAGAGCAAAAACCAAGCCAUGAGGUCGAAGGAAUUGUCCGUAGAGCUCCAAGACAGGAUUGUGUUGAGGCACAGAUCUGGGGAAUGGUCCCAAAACAUUUCUGCAGCCUUGAAGGUCCCCAAGAACACAGUGGCCUCCAUCAUUCUUAAAUGGAAGAAGUUUGGAACCACCAAGACUCUUCCUAGAGCUGGCCGCCCGGCCAACCUGAGCAAUCGGUGGAGAAGGGCCUUGGUCAGGGAGGUGACCAAGAACCCGAUGGUCACUCUGACAGAGCUCCAGAGUUCCUCUGUGGAGAUGAGAGAAUCUUCCAGAAGGACAACCAUCUCUGCAGCAUUCCACCAAUCAAGCCUUUAUGGUAGAGUGGCCAGAUGGAAGCCACUCCUCAGUAAAAGGCACAUGACAGCCCGCUUAGAGUUUGCCAAAAGUCACCUAAAGGACUCUGAUCAUGAGAAACAAGAUUCUCUGGUCGGAUGAAACCAAGAUUGAACUCUUUUUGGCCUGAAUGCCAAGCGUCACGUCUGGAGGAAACCAGGAACCGCUCAUCACCUGGCCAAUACCAUCCCUACGGUGAAGCAUGGUGGUGGCAGCAUCAUUAUGGGGUAUUGUGUGUAAAUUGAUGAGAGGGAAUAAGGCUGUAAUAAAAUGUGGAAGAAGUCAAGGGGUCUGAAUACUUUCCGAAGGCACUGUAAGUAUUCCCACCCGAGUCAAAACUUUGUAGAAUCACCGUUGGCAGCGAUGACAGCUGUGAGUCUUGCUGGGUAAGUCUAAGCUUUCUACACCUGGAUUGUGAAACAUUUGCCCAUUCUUUAAAAAAAAUAUGAAAACACUGUCAAGUUGGUUGUUGUUCAUCGCUAGACAACCAUUUUCAAGUCUUGCCAUGAUGCAGCCACCACCAUGCUUGGAAAUAUGGAGAGAGGUACUCAGUAAUGUGUUGUGUUGGAUUUGCCCCAAACAAUGCUUUGUAUUCAGGACAAAGUGAAUUGCAGUAUUACUUUAGUGCCUUGUUGCAAACAGGAUGCAUGUUUUGGAAUAUUUGUAUUCUGUACAGGCUUCCUUUUCUCAGUGUGAAUUAGGUUUGUAUUGUGGAGUAACUACAAUGUUGUUGAUCCAUCCUCAGUUUUCUCCUAUCACAGCCAUUAAUCUCUGUAACUGUUUUUAAAGUCACCAUUGGCCUCAUGGUGAAAUCCCUGAGCGGUUUCCUUCCUCUCCGGCAACUGAGUUAGGAAGGAUGCCUGUAUCUUUGUAGUGACUGGGUGUAUUUAUAUAAAAUUUUCCGUCUAGAUAGAACUGCCAAAGGGGGUGGAGUUGCAAUCUACUGUAGAGAUAGCCUGCAGAGCUCCAUCAUACUAUCCAGGUCUGUGCCCAAACAGUUUGAGCUUCUACUUCUAAAAAUCCACCUUUCCAGAAAUAAGUCUCUCACUGUUGCCGCUUGCUACAGACCCCCCUCAGCCCCCAGCUGUGCCCUGGACACCAUAUGUGAAUUGAUUGCCCCCCAUCUAUCCUCAGAGUUCGUAUUGCUUGGUGACCUAAACUGGGAUAUGCUUAACACCCCGGCCAUCCUACAAUCUAAACUAGAUGCCCUCAAUCUCACACAAAUUAUCAACGAACCUACCAAGUACAACCCUAAAUCCGUAAACAUGGGUACCCUCAUAGAUAUCAUCCUGACUAACUUACCCUCUAAAUACACCUCCGCUGUCUUCAACCAGGAUCUCAGCGAUCACUGCCUUAUUGCCUGCGUCCGUAACGGGUCCGCGGUCAAACGACCACCCCUCAUCACUGUCAAACGCUCCCAAAAACACUUCAGCGGGCAGGCCUUCCUAAUUGACCUGCCCCAGGUAUCCUGGAUGGAUAUAGAUCUCAUUCCGUCAGUAGAGGAUGCCUGGUUGUUCUUCAAAAGUAAUUUCCUCUCAAUCUUAAAUAGACAUGCCCCAUUCAAAAAAUACAGAACUAAGAACAGAUAUAGCCCCUGGUUCUCCUCAGACCUGACUGCCCUUGACCAGCACAAAAACAUCCUGUGGCGUACAGCAUUAGCAUCAAAUAGCCCCCGCGAUAUGCAACUUUUCAGGGAAGUUAGGAACCAAUAUACACAAGCAGUCAGGAAAGCAAAGGCUAACUUUUUCAAACAGAAAUUUGCAUCCUGUAGCACUAACUCCAAAAAGUUUUGGGACACUGUAAAGUCCAUGGAGAAUAAGAGCACUUCCUCCCAGCUGCCCACUGCACUGAGGCUAGGAAGCACUAUCACCACCGAUAAAUCUACAAUAAUCGAGAAUUUCAACAAGCAUUUUGCUACGGCUGGCCAUGCUUUCCACCUGGCUACCACUACCCCGGCCACCAGCUCUGCACCCUCCGCUGCAACUUGCCCAUGCCCCCCCCGCUUCUCCUUCACACAAAUCCAGACAGCUGAUGUUCUGAAAGAGCUGCUAAAUCUGGACCCCUACAAAUCAUCUGGGCUAGACAAUCUGGACCCUUUCUUUCUAAAACUAGCCGCCGAAAUUGUCGCAACCCCUAUUACUAGCCUGUUCAACCUCUCUUUCGUAACGUCUGAGAUCCCCAGAGAUUGGAAAGCUGCCGCGGUCAUCCCCCUCUUCAAAGGGGGUGACACUCUAGAUCCAAACUGUUACAGACCCAUAUCCAUCCUGCCCUGCCUUUCAAAAGUUUUUGAAAGCCAAGUCAACAAACAGAUCACCGACCAUUUCGAAUCCCACCGUACCUUCUCCGCUAUGCAAUCCGGUUUCCGAGCUGGUCAUGGGUGCACUUCAGCCACGCUCAAGGUCCUAAACGAUAUUAUAACCGCGAUCGAUAAUAGACAGUACUGUGCAGCCGUUUUCAUUGACCUGGCCAAGGCUUUCGACUCUGUCAACCACCGCAUUCAUAUUGGCAGACUAAAUAGCCUUGGUUUCUCAAAUGACUGCCUCGCCUGGUUCACCAACUACUUCUCAGAUAGAGUUCAAUGUGUCAAAUCGGAGGGCCUGUUGUCUGGACCUAUGGCAGUCUCUAUGGGGGUGCCACAGGGUUCAAUUCUUGGGCCGACUCUUUUCUCUGUGUAUAUCAAUGACGUCGCUCUUGCUGCUGGUGACUCUCAGAUCCACCUCUACGCAGACGACACCAUUUUGUAUACAUCUGGCCCUUCAUUGGACACUGUGUUAACAAACCUCCAAACGAGCUUCAAUUCCAUACAACACUCCUUCAGUAGCCUCCAACUGCUCUUAAACACUAGUAAAAACUAAAUGCAUGCUCUUCAACCGAACGCUGCUGGCACCCGCCCACCCGACUAGAAUCACCACUCUCGACGGGUCUGACCUAGAGUAUGUGGACAACUACAAAUACCUAGGUGUCUGGUUAGACUGUAAACUCUCCUUCCAGACUCACAUUAAGAAUCUCCAAUCCAAAGUUAAAUCUAGAAUUGUUUCCUAUUUCGCAACAAAGCCUCCUUCACUCAUGCUGCCAAACAUGCCCUCGUAAAAACUGACUAUCCUACCGAUCCUUGACUUCGGCGGAUGUCUAAGCCAAAAUGGAUCCCAUCGUGAAAGCCACAAUUUGACGUAUCCGUUGUACCGAUCCUUGAUGUCAUUUACAAAAUAGCCUCCAACACUCUACUCAGCAAAUUGGAUGUAGUCUAUCACAGUGCCAUCAGUUUUGUCACCAAAGCCACAUAUACUACCCACCACUGUGACCUGUACGCUCUUGUUGGCUGGUCCUCACUACAUAUUCGUCGCCAAACCCACUGGCUCCAGGCCAUCUAUAAAUCACUGCUAGGCAAAUCCCCGCCUUAUCUUAGCUCAUUGGUCACCAUAGCAACACCCACCCGUAGUCUGCGUUCCAGCAGGUAUAUCUCACUGGUCAUCCCCAAAGCCAACACUUCCUUUGGCCGCCAUUCCUUCCAGUUCUCUGCUGCCAAUGACUGGAACAAAUUGCAAAAAUCUCUGAAGCUGGAGACACUUAUCUCCCUCACUAACUUUAAGCAUCAGUUGUCAGAGCACCUUACCGAUCACUGCACCUGUACACAGCCCAUCUGAAAUUAGCCCACCCAACUACCUCAUCCCCAUAUUGUUAUUUAUUUUGCUCAUUUGUACCCCAGUAUCUCUAUUUGCACAUCAUCUCUUGCACAUCUAUCAUUCCAGUGUUAAUACUAAUUGUAAUUAUUUUGCACUAUAGCCUAUUUUAUUGCCUUACCUCCAUAACUUGCUAAAUUUGCACACACUGUAUAUAUAUGUAUUUCUGUUGUAUUUUUGACUUUGUUUUGUUUUACCCCAUAUGUAACUCUGUGUUGUUGUUUUUAUCGCACUGCUUUGCUUUAUCUUGGCCAGGUCGCAGUUGUAAAUGAGAACUUGUUCUCAACUGGUUUACCUGGUUAAAUAAAGGUGAAAUAAAAUAAAAAUAAAUGUAUUGAUACACCAUCUGUUAUGAUGAGUUUCUGGUAUUGAGAAGUUCAAGAUGAAUAUAGACUUUCUGUCUCCUCACCACUUAUCUAGUAACUCUGUUCCCCACGAUACUAUGACAUGACAUCAUUACACCAUAAAAACAUCAUAUCACCAUCCCAUGUGUAUUGAUACACCAUCCAAUGUGUAAUAACUUCACAAUGCUCAAAGGGAUAUUCAAUAUCUGCUUUUUUUUUUACCCAUCUACCAAUAGGUGUCCUUUGCGAGGCAUUGGAAAACCUCCCUGGUCUUUGUGGUUUAACCUGUGUUUGAAAUUCCCUUCCCCGACUGAGGGACCUUACAGAUAGUUGUAUGUGUGGGGUACAGAGAUGAGGCAGUCAUUCAAAAAUCAUGUUAAACACUAUUACUGCACAAAGAGUGAGUCCAUGCAACUUAUGUGACUUGUUAAGCAAAUGUUUACUCCUGAACUUAUUUAGGCUUGCCAUAACAAAGGGGUUGAAUACUUGUUGACUGAAGACAUUUCAGCUUUUCAGCUUUUCAUUUUUUAUUAAUUAGGAAAAUGUUUAAAAACACAAUUGCACUUUGACAUUGUGGGGUAUUGUGUGAAGGCCAGUGAAACAAAAUCUCAAUUUAAUCCAUUUUAAAUUCCGGCUGUAACACAACAAAAUGUGGAAAAAGUUAAGGAGUGUGAGUACAAAAAAAUGUAUGCACGCAUGACUGUAAGUCGCUUUGGAUAAAAGCGUCUGCUAAAUGGCAUAUUAUUAUUAUUAUUAUUAUUAUAUUAUACUUUCUGAAGGCACUGUAUGAAUGAAUCCAAGUAACUUACUGUCCAACUGCUGGAGUAAAAAUACCUUUUAGAAGUAAGUCUCCUCUCUCUGUGUCUAGGAGGAGGAGGUGGAGGUGGACUCCCACACCAUGGUGAAGUCUGGAUCAGAGGGGGCUGGCACCAUGAGAGCUGCCAGCACCAUGAGCGACGGAGCUCAGACCAUGAUAGAGCACGGCAGCACCAUGUUAGAGGCAGACCUGGGAACCAUGGUCAUCAACAGUGAUGAUGAGGAGGAGGACAACGAUGAAGGCUCCAUGAGGAGUGAGUAG